AUGCUGCAAAAGAAGGACUCAGACAAGGAAAAUGCUUCUUAUAAAGACAAAGAUUCAUAAAAACAAAGAGUGAUAGGAGAUUACUUAUUAGUGAAAACACUUGGAGUGGGUACUUUCGGUCUAGUUAAAUUGGGUGUGCAUUAAAUAACAGGAGAGAAAGUCGCCAUUAAAAUAUUGGAGAAGGAGCGAAUUGUGGAAGUAGCUGAUGUAGAAAGAGUCUCACGGGAGAUACAUAUUUUAAAAUUGAUUAGACAUAGACAUGUUAUCCAACUAUAUGAGAUUAUAGAGACUAAGAAGCAUAUAUUUUUAGUAAUGGAAUUUUGUGAUAACGGAGAACUUUUUGAUUACAUUGUGAAAAAUGAAAAACUGGAAGAAGUAGAAGCCUGUCGCAUAUUCUAAGAACUGAUCUCUGGCAUUGAGUAUAUUCACAAACUAAACAUCGUCCACAGAGAUUUAAAACCUGAAAAUCUUCUAUUAGAUCAUCAUAACCAAAUUAAAAUAGUAGAUUUCGGACUUUCCAAUACAUAUAAAGAAGGCGAAUUGCUUAAAACAGCUUGCGGAAGUCCAUGCUAUGCUGCGCCAGAAAUGAUCGCCGGCCAUAAAUAUCAAAGUAUUUUAGUUGAUAUCUGGUCAUGUGGAGUUAUAUUGUUUGCCACCAUUUGUGGUCAAUUACCAUUUGAAGAUAAACAUACAAGUGAAUUAUACAAAAAGAUACUUAAUGGGUAGUAUACAAUGCCAUCUCAUGUCUCAUCAGAUGGUUAAUCCUUUAUCAGAGGAUUAUUGAAUACAGAUCCCAAAAAGAGAUUCGAUCUUGACUAGAUUAAAUCUCAUCCAUGGUUUAAGUUAUAUAAGAGAGUUCAUUCAAUUCCUUAAGGAAUUAUUAUUGGAUAUAGCCGAAUUCCUAUUGAUGAUGACAUCGUUGAUUAACUUGCUCAAAAAGGAUAUAAUGCUGAUUAUAUAAAGAAAUGCUUAGAUGCUAAUAAACACAAUAAUCUAACUACAGCAUAUUUUCUCCUUCUAAAAAAGCAUUUAAUCAAAGGAGGUCAAUCAACUGCAGACAUUAAUUCAUAAAAUUUUAAUGAAAAACUGUUGGAACCUGCUACAAGACCUACUAAACCUCCUAUAAGUAAUUUAUUAGACAGUUAAUUGAUGAAAACACUCAAGCAUAACAGAUCUGGUUCCUGCUAAACUAAUUAAAAGUCACAUACAUAAGGGAGAGGAAUGUCUGUACCUUAGGUCGAAGAUAUUAGAUCUAUAUACAAUGGAUCCAAAAAUUAUCAGAAUUCUUCCUUGUCAAUUGAAGAUCAGUCCUUUUUAUUUGAAAGAAACAAAUCUUAGUCAUUCCAACAGAAUAACAAUAAGAAAAUGCCUACUGAUAUUUAAAUCAAUGAUGCUUUGAAUAAGACUACAUACAUCAACACCAGCAAAAGAUCUUCAAAUGCAUCAACAGUUUCCCCUGGACAUCAAAAUAAGUUGCUUCAAUACUUAAAAUCAUCAACUAAGACUACUACUCCAACAGCAGUAAGAGGGAACUCUUAAUCAAAAAUGCCUUAUACUAGUAAGACUACAAAGAAUCAAAAGACUUCCUCCUCAAAUUUUGAUAAUCACAACAACUCUCUUAUUGAAAAAAAGAAAGAAAAUAAACCAAUUAAUUUAGCAGAUGCCACCAACAUUGAAAACAAGAAAAGAUCUUUGCAUAUAGAAGGAGAUCUCUCAAUGCCUGCCAGUACUAAACCGUAGUCAAUGCCAUAUCAAUUAUGGCUAAAGAUGAAUAGUAGAAAAGGAUCGAGAGAUUAUAGUGGGGGAGGAUCUAAGACAAAAAAGUCAACUGGAAGUGCCAAAGCUAAUACAAAUCAGAGCUUUAACUUUGAAAAGAGGGCAUGA